GGAUGCCGUUUCGUGUCGCGUUUUGUUGUCAUUCAUAUAGUAUUGGCUAAUUAAUGUUAGCUGGCUAUAACAUUCGCUAGCUAAAUGGUGCGGUUUAAGGUACAGAACCGCCCCUCUAGCUUACAGUAGACGUAAUUUAGCUGAAUGGUUGAUGCCAAUGUUAUGAUCAACAAAUGACUGAGUCGCCUUUUGUUGCUGGUCGGCUAACUUGGUUAGCUUUCUUGCAGUCGAGUGUAACGUUACUCCACUUCGACUGGGUAGGUCACCAUGGUUCGAGAGCGGGUGCAGAAGAAGUCAUACCAGCAGAGUCUGGAAGACAUAAAGGAGAAGAUGAAGGAGAAGAGGAGUAAGCGCCUGCAGAGUGCGUGUGCCACCAGCAGGGGGCUCUCUAAGAACAAGAGCAAGAUAAACAUGGUGAGCAGCAGCAGGCCGCUGCUCCUGAAGAGCGUGCAGGAGAAUAACCGCUCCCUGGCCCGCGCUCUGGAGGAGGAGAAGGCCAAGCUCCGGCAGGCGCAGGGGCUGGUCCUGCAGAUGAAGAGGGAGCAGCAGGCCCUGCUGCUCCACCUGCUGCUGCUCAGACGCAAGCUGCACGAGCGGGACCAGGGGGCGGGGCUCCCCAAACACACACAGAGUCCUCCCGCGAAGCAGGGACGUGUGGAUUCAGGAGCCGCACCCUUCGCCAGCUCCCCAGUCAGGAUCGAUCCUGCCUGUGACCAAGAGGCCUUCAAAUUAGACAUCUGCACUGAGGAAGAGCCAUCUCAGCCAAUGGACGAAGCCCCCUUGCACAUGGCGGAGGUUCUGGAGCGGGCGGCUUUGCCCAGGACAGUGACAGCAAGACGACGGCCUGAGAGCAGGAGAAGCUCCGCCCACAAGAGAGGGCGUCGCUCCUUCUGCCAGAGGAACGGCCCCGCCCUCCCGGAACCCUUCGCCUGUGAGGGGGAGGAGCCAGAGGAGGGCGGGGCGGCUGGCGGCCGGGGUGCCAAACCAGCCGCUGACCAGCAGGGGGAGCCGGAGCUCAGUCUGGACCUCGAGCCCCUCCCCCAGGAAUUUGGCCCCGCCCAGCAGUCCACCCCCGAGCCCCCGCCCCCUAAGGCGGCCCGGCCCCGCCCCCAGCAGCAGGACCAGCAGAGGAAGCCGACCGCUUCCCGUGCCAGACCGGAACGCGGGAGAAAGCCCGACCGCGCCCCCCUGAAGAGACCGUGGGAAAACGCCAAGCCCCGGGCGCGGUCCCAGAGCCGCGAGCGUGCCAAAACCAAGCCCAGGGCCACGCCCGGCGACAGGGCCAAGGCCACGCCCGGCGACAGGCUCAACGCCUCCCUGGGCUCCAACGACACGUUCGACUUCGACUGCGAGGAGGCCGUGCACCUCACCCCGUUCCGGGCCGGGGGCCGGCCGGCAGGGGAGGAGCCGGGCGGGGCCACGCCCGGUGGGGGCGGGGCCGGGGGCGGAGCCAGCCCCUCGAGCUCAGAGUCCAGCUCGUCGCAGGACGAGGACGACAGUCUCUACCAGCCCUAUCGGAAGGCCCGGCCGAACGCUGGGGGCGUGGCCAGAGCAGAGACUCCGCCCAGGAGGGCGCGGUCCAAGCGGAGGUCCAUUCUGCGGGCCCGCCUUGCGCUGGGACCGGGGCGGGACGAGGAAAAUGCUUCCCCAAAACCGCGGCCCACCUGCGGGUCCACCGAGGCGGGGCGACUUGUUGAUCUGUCCCAGAGUGAGGGGAUCCCUGAAAGCAACACCACCGCGGUUCCCCGUCACCCCAAACCUCGCCGCACGAGCGUCAUGGACAAGGAGAACCAGCCAGCCAACGACGGCGCAGACCCUCUCAGCUUUGGGGCGGAGUCAGAAGUGUUCCUGUCGGAGGCUGACCCCGCCCCUCUCACCCCGGGGGAGGAGCCGGCGGUGUGUCCGGCAGACGCCCCCCUGUGUGCAUUCACCGCCCCGACCUGCCUCACCCCGGCAACGGGGAGGAAGACCCGCCCCCCGGUUACCACGGAGAAGAAGAGUAGGAAAGGUACGUGUGGCCUCUGGGCGCGGUCCAAUCGCAGGUCAGGUCCGUGUGACGUGACCAAUGUCUCUUACGCAGCCUUCCGGAAGUUUUCAGCGGGCCGAUCCCACGGUGGCUCCGCCUCCGCCUCAACGGGCGCCGACUCCGCCCCCGGCCCCCCCCGCAAGCGCCGGAGCACCAUCGCCGUCGACUACAAGGAGCCCACGCUCAGCGCGAAACUGCGACGCGGGGACCGGUUCACGGACACCCAGUUCCUGCGCUCGCCCAUCUUCAAGCAGAAGCGCCGCUCGGCGAAGAGCGCUCGGACGCCGCUGAGCAAGUACAACGAGUCCUUCGUCGGCUGUCUCUGAGCGCGCUCAGUUCGCAGGGGGCGGGGCCAUGAGCCUGUCUCCAAACCAAGGGCUGUACCGCGUUGUGUUUUUUAACACCACCACUGAUGUUUUUAUUCCGGUGGGGUUUGAGUCAAUAUUUUCAGGGACUUUUUAUAUAUUUUUUGCUAUCUGCAGGAGAUAUGCAGAUAUACCUGUAUCGCAAAGGUCAGAUUUUUACCUUUACCUUCAUCAGAAUCAGCACUCCUGGUGAGCAGCUAUAACAUUACUCUUUAAGUCUGAGGAGCAGAACAGUGUGUGUGUGUGUAUUUUAUGAUCCAAACCAGGACAUAUUUGUGAUUGACGGGGGAAUAAUGAUGCUGUGUCAUGCCUGUGUGCACAGCCAAUCAGACUGUGGUUCCCUCAGUGUGUCAACCAAUGAAAUGUCCUCUCGCAUCAGUUCCACUCGUGUUUAUGCUAAUACGUUGUUUCCAUGUCCUGGAUUUUUUUUUUUUUUUUUUUUAAACAAAGGUGAUUGAAGUACUAUGAUGUAUAGGAACUACUGUGUAUUUCCUAAAUAAAAGUAUUACAUUUAAA